AUGGACCUCCAACGCGUAAGGAAAACUGUGGUUUCGGGUGGCAGCAGCCUUAUCGACCUCCCCGAAUACCUCAUCACUUCCUUCUUUCCAGGAGCGCGACCAUUGCUAGACAAACACCCCUCCUUCUUCCGCUUCUUUGGCGUCCUCCUGGCCUUCUAUUACUUUGGUCCUCUCGCUCGGCUGAAAUCCUUCUGGUCUCAGUUCUCUUCCGUCAUCGUCGCCACCAUCAAUAUCUCGUCUGAAGAAGACCUCUUCGGGUACUUGACUUCUUAUCUGUCAGAGCGCAAAACACUCCGCACAGACCAGGUCUUGAAUGCCGUGUCUAGUGGCUCCCAGGACACGGGUCCACGGAGAACUCGGCGUCAUGAUCCAGAUGUGGAAGAGACGAGACGAUCCAACGAACCUCCCAAAAUCAAGUACGAGCAGGGCCAGGGCAUUCAGUUGUUCAUCUACAAGGGUAAGCUCUUCUUCUGUAGCCGCAAAUACGGAGAGGGCCACACCUACUAUGGCAAUCGCUAUAAGAGGAUGGAAAUCAUCUCUCUGUCAUGCCUGGGUCGCUCGACGCAACCCAUCAAGGACCUUCUUGAACAUGUUUUCUACCUGAACAAAGCCAAAGAACGCUCAUUGACCAUUAUUCGUCGACCGUACAGAGGAGGUCAGACGUGGAGCCGAGUCACCUCCAAGCCCCGGCGAGCACUCGACACGGUCAUCUUGGAGGCGGAGAAAAAGGAACAGGUCAUCGCAGAUGUGGCCGAGUACAUGGAUGAAGCAACGAUGAACUUCUACGCCAGCCACGGUAUCCCCUACCGGCGUGGCUAUCUUUUCCAUGGCCCACCCGGAGUCGGUAAGACAUCAUUCGCACUUGCGCUCGCGUCCAAGUUCAACCUCGAUGUAUACAACCUGUCACUUCUUGACAACGACCUGACAGACUCGGAUCUCAUCUCGCUUCUCAAUCAGCUCCCCGGCCGGUCUCUGUUGCUCCUGGAAGACAUUGACACCGCAGGUUUGAAUAGAAAAGGAGGAAAGUCCGCCACAUCAACCCGAGGCUGGAAUAGAUGGAACUCGAGAUUGCCUCCGCGCCAUCCUGAUGAUUACCGUAUCGAUACCGACGAAGAAGGCGGCUCUGCCUCACGCGUUACGCUGAGUGGGUUGCUGAAUGCGAUCGAUGGCGUCGCCGCGCCGGAGGGCCAUGUUUUGAUCAUGACAACGAACAAACCGAACGAACUUGACGACGCACUUGUGCGGGCUGGCCGGAUCAGCGUAAGGGUAGGGUUCGGCAAUGCGAGCACAAGGCAAGCAGAGGAGAUAUUUUUGAGAAUGUAUCUGGAUCUACCACAAGCUGCAAGUUUGAGAGGGGUGGAGGAAGCAGAAGGAGCACCCGGAAGUACGACCACCGCUCAAGCGCUUUCAUCUUGUGACGAGACUGAGAAGAGGGGUUUCGACUUGCCUAACGAUACGGCAACCGGGCACCUCCGCAGUCUCGCGCAGAAGUUCGCCUCCCUCAUCCCCGAAGGCGACUUUUCACCCGCGGAUCUUCAAGACUAUCUUCUCAUCCACAAAAAGGACCCCGAAAAGGCGCUCGCUGAGUUGCCUAAGUUCAUGGAAAGGAUAUACGAAGAAAGAGAAAAGAAGGAGGAGGAGAAGGAAGAAGAGAGAGAAGUAAAGAGGGAGAAGGAUAGGGAGGAAAGGAGGAGGUUUAGGGAGGAGGUUAAGAGAGCUGUGAAGGGCGUAAAAGGGGACGACGAUGAAGACGACGGCGCUGACGCUGAUCACACAGUCGGGAGGAAGGACGAGGAAGAUGAGAAGAAGGACGAAGAAGCGGAAAGAGAUGGAUCUGGUGGUGAUGGCCAUGAGAAGAAGGCCAAGGACAAAUCCAUCGGUGCCAAUGGCUACAAAUCUGGCCAGAAAUGA